AUGCGUCGACGUGGGCGUGGCGCGCCGGCGGUGGGCCGCGGCUCGACCAUCCACAUCGCUAUGGCGACGCACCAGCCCAUGACGAGCGCGGCGGGUGUGAAUGGAGACACGAAGACCGUGGAGACGUAUCAUGAGGAUGCGGUGCACGAUGCCCAGCUGGACUUUUACGGUAGCAAGCUCGCGACUUGCUCGUCGGACCGCACCAUCAAGGUAUUUGAUGUGCAGAAUGGAGAAGCUGUAGGUGCAGGAGAGACGCUGGUGGGCCACGAAGGACCUGUGUGGCAGGUGGCUUGGGCGCAUCCGUCGUUCGGCACGAUCCUUGCGAGUGCGUCCUACGACGGCAAGGUGUUUAUCUGGAAGAAUGAAGGCACAAACACUGGUGCCUACGGUGCAGCGGGUGGAUGGACCCGUAUUAAGGAGCAUGCGCUGCACACAGCCUCUGUCAACGCCAUUGCAUGGGCGCCUCACGAGCUCGGCGCUACGUUGGCAUGUGCUUCGUCGGAUGGUCGUGUGUCUGUACUGACGUUCAACGAGGAUGGCUCAUGGUCGGUGGAUCUUGUGACGGCACACCCUGGUGGCUGCAAUGCCGUGUCGUGGAUGCCGACCUCUGCCAAGGAGACAUCGCCCGAUGCCCCAUUGACCCGCCGCUUCGCCACGGGUGGCUGCGACUCGGUCGUGAAGGUAUGGGAGUUUAGUGAGGAACAUAACCGCUAUGUUGAGGUGGACCAGCUCACGAACCACAAGGACUGGGUCCGUGACGUCGCGUUUGCGCCCAGCCUGGGCCUCCCACGCACAUACCUAGCCACGGCUUCGCAGGAUCGCACGGUGCUUGUGUGGACUCAGAACGAAGCACAGGGCCCAUGGACAUGCACGCCUCUGAUGCCUGGUACCAAGGCAGAAGACCGUUCGAAGUUUGCUGACACGGUAUGGCGUGUCAGCUGGAGUAUUAGUGGCAACGUCUUGGCCGUCAGCUGCGGCGAUGGCAAGGUCUCGCUGUGGAAGGAAAACCUGAAAGGAGCGUGGGAAUGCAUUAGCGAUCUUGAUGCCUAA